AAGUAUGAUCUCCCAUAGCUCACACAGUAAAAGGUGCACACAUUAAAAGAAUGAGAAUACAAACAAUACCAAAAGUAAAAGGCUAAGUGAAAAUAAAAGGACAUUGAUUACAUAUACCAGUGUUUUUCAACCUUUUAUGAGCCAAGGCACAUUUUUUGCGUUUAAAAAAUCCGCAGGCACAACACCAGCAGAAAUCAUUAAAAAACGAAACUCAGUUGACAGUAAAAAGUCGUUGUCGCAAUUGUUGGAUAUGACUUUUAAACCAUAACCAAGCAUGCAUCACUAUAGCUCUUGUCUCAAAGUAGGUGUACUGUCACGACCUGCCACAUCACGCCGUGACUUAUUUGGAGUUUUUUGCUGUUUUCCUGUGUGUAGUGUUUUAAUUCUUGUCUUGCUCUCCUAAUUUGGUGGCUUUUUUUCUUCUUUUGGUAUUUUCCUGUAGCAGUUUCAUGUCUUCCUUUUGAGCGAUAUUUCCCGCAUCUACUUUGUUUUAGCAAUCAGGAAUAUUUCAGUUGUUUUUAUCCUUCUUUGUGGGGACUUUGUUGAUUGUCAUGUCAUGUUCGGAUGUACAUUGUCUUUGCUCCACAGUAAGUCCUUGCUGUCGUCCAGCAUUCUGUUUUUGUUUACUUUGUAGCCAGUUCAGUUUCAGUUUCGUUCUGCAUAGCCUUCCCUAAGCUUCAAUGCCUUUUCUUAGGGGCACUCGCCUUUUGUUUAUUUUUGUUUUAAGCAUUAGACACAUUUUUACCUGCACACUGCCUCCCGCUGUUUCCGACAUCUACAAAGCAAUUAGCUACCGGCUGCCACCUACUGAUAUGGAAGAGUAUUACACGGUUACUCUGCCGAGCUCUAGACAGCACCAACUCUCAACAACAACACGUCAUUUGCAGACUAUAAUUACUGGUUUGCAAUUUUUUUUUUUUUUUUUCCCCAACUUUUUUUAUUGGCAUUUUCAAAUAGACAGAAAAAAGUGUAAGUCAAAACAGUACAAUUUUAAAGUCAGUAAAUGAUUCACCCCCUUUCCCUUAAAACCCAAACCACCCACCCACCCCACUCAGGUCCCACUAACGAGGGACAAAUGGCACAAUUAUGUAACAAGUAAGACGACAAAGACAGACACAUUCUCACACACACACACACACAUACGAGGCCAGAGACAGACAGAUAUAUAUAAAAAAAUAUGUAUAUAUAAUAAUAAUAAUAAAAUAAAAUAAAAAUUAAUAAUAAUAAUAAUAAUAUAUAAUAAAAUAAAAAAUAGAAUAAAAUAAUACUAAUAAAUAAAAGGGAGAUUAUUCCUCAUCUGCGUCUGGGCAUAGGUCAAGAGAGUUGACAUACAGCAAAAAAGGGCUCCAUGAGCUUUCAAAUGCUUGAACCGAGCCUUUUAGCGAAAACCUAAGAAAAACCUAAUAAAAAAUAUUUUUAACCCAAAUAGGUGAAAUUAGAUCAUCUCCCACUGCACAGUGGUUGAAAAACACUGUACUAAUGUAACUCUAAAUUAGAUAAUUUUUUUACAUGUUUUUUUUUAAUGUAAUUCACUUUUACUAAGGCUGGUAUAAAAGAGAAAAAAGGAGGGACAUCUGCUAGUAAGGUUCAGUGAGCUUGGCCUUGGCCCCGCCCACCCCGGGCACUCUAGUUCCGGGUUCUCACCCCUUCUCGAGCGGCUCGUCACAGCAUGAAGAAGAAGAAGAAGAAGUAAAAGUGGGAAGAAACAGGACCAAGACCUAGCGGCGACAUGUCGAUUCUUCUCGACCACCGCUUUGGACAGCUUCCUCCCGACAACUCCGUUAACACUAAACUCUUCUUGGAGACCGUCUCCCACCUGCCGUCCUUCUUUGACUGCCUGGGGUCCAAGGUGUUCUCAGUGAUCAAGUCGGACAUUAAUGGCAAUAUCGCAAAAAUUAAAGAAGUCUACGUGAAGGAUCCGGAAAGGUACGUCACCCUGCAGCACAUUGUGGAGGCCGAGCAACAAGACCUGGCUGCCGAGUGGCCCAAAGUCGGAGCAACGCUGGCUCUCAUGUGGCUCAAGAGGGGUCUCCGUUUCAUACAAAUUCUGCUGCAGAGUUUGGCGGACGGCGAGCGAGACCACGACAACCCCAACCUCAUUCGGGUCAACAUCACCAAAGCCUACGAACACGCGCUGAAGAAAUACCACGGCUGGUUUGUACAGAAGAUCUUCAACGCGGCACUUUACGCAGCGCCCUACAGAUCCAACUUCCUCAAGGCUCUGUCCAAAGGAGAGGAAGUGAAGGAGGAGGACUGUUUAGAGAACGUGCGGCAGUUCUUGACCAACUACACCGCCACCGUGGACGCCAUUUACGACAUGUACACACGUCUUGACGCAGAGCUGGACUACACGGUUUGAUGUCAGAGCAGGACAGUAUUAGCAAACUAGUUGGUGUUCUUUACAUGUGUGGUAUUUAUUAUUUAUUUCAUUGUUGCCUUACAACAAGGGUCCCCAAACUACGGCCCACAGUCCGUGCCAGCGUCCAAAGUCUGGCACGCGGGAAGUCCCAAGUAAAAAAAAAAAAAAGUUUGUUUUUUUUAAUAAUUAUUUUUUAAUCUUUCCUUUCUCAACCAUUCAUCAAUCCAUUUUCCACCGCUUGUUACUCUUGGGGUCUCCUAGCCGCUCAGGUUAAUCAUAUUGUCUAAAAAUGCAUUUUCCCAUCGAUAACGUGAUAUCAACGCAGUGAGUCUGUCCACAUCUACAAUUAAUAAAUAUAUAUAUGUAUGUAUGUAUGUGUAUAUAUAUAUAUAUAUAUAUAUAUAUAUAUAUAUAUAUAUAUAUAUUUAUGUUUAUGUAGUCAAGGUUUCUGUGGUUUAUAAGUUAUACAGUGCUCAAAUCCCCUGAAGAGCAGGGAAACCUGCGAAACAGGCUUGUAGGGAUGAAAUAGCCUCUGUGUUUUUUCCUGACCAUGUGUGUAUAUAUAUA